AUGACGAGUGUUCAAUCAGAUGCAUUCCAGAGGGUUCGACCUCAUUGUAUUGAGUUAUCAAGGGAGGCGUUCCUUCCAAAAACGACGUUUGAUCCAAGUUCUGCAACGCUGCUCAAGGCUCUUCGAUCAGUUGAGCAUGAACUUGAAAAGCUGGAAGAAAUCGAGAAGUUGGCGCCAGCAUUUGCUGACUACGUCUUCAUCCCAAUAGCUCAUUUGCUACAGCAAGGCGGUCUAGGAACAAGCCAAACAGAAGCGGUUUUACUUAUAAUUGGACAUUUAUUGUCGUUGUCGUGGUCAUCGGUUGGAUCAUUUCCGCAAGCUUUGGCUCAGCAGCUUUUCCCGCUUCUUACGUACUUGAUCAGUAGCGAUAGGGACAACAAAGAUCUGUUGAAGAAGCCUGUACAAUUUCAAUACUCUGGGUGUGUGGUUCUCAAGAAGUUCUUCAAGGCGUUGGCGAUACAGAAAUUAUACCACGUUUACACUUAUUUCUCCGAUCCCAAGUCUCUUCCUUCAUUGGGGCACUCUGUGACGAUCCUACUGGAUAUCUUGCAAGGAAAUGACCAUGAAUCUGAUUUACAACUAAUGGCCAUCGAGGCUCUUCACACGCUCUACGUGAAGUUGCUGCAAGAUGGCGAGACCAUUUCAUUUAUCCUACCUGGAAACGUCUCGACAUUUUCUAAGCUUCUUUUAAAACCAGGGUUGACUGUUAACGCAGAUGUAGUCUGUUCUACGAUGGGGCUGUUUGGAUCGUUAUUGUCAUUAGUAUACUGCGACCACGAUUUACACAUAAGCAAGCUUCCGGCUCCUGAUCUUCAGCACCGACUGACGGAAAGGCAAGACAGCCAAGUAGUGGCAGCUGUUCAAAUAGACGAAAGCGCAUUCAAAAAUAAGCAUCCUCAUAGGACGAACAAAUGGCUUAAAGCGACAACAAGUCAAGUGAAAACCGCCUUAGAGGCAAUAUUACCAAAACUCUUGAAGAGAGAAAAUUCUAGGAUUAAUAACGCAAUAAAGGACUUUCUGGAGACGGUUGUGGACAAAUGUCAUGAUUCUCUGAGCAACUGUCUCGAGUUAUUCACUGUGACUUCCCUAGACACCCAAUUACCAGCACCAAGACUGUUAGAAUCUUGUGGCAGUUCUGGUAUGAUUAAACUCACGCUAGAAAAUCAAAUUUCAAACUUUCCUACAGCUCUCCAAUUCGAGAGCGUCAAGGUUUUGCAAAGAUUCAGCUUUGCCCUGUCAGUGCUGGCGCAAAAUAGUGAGCGCGACUUUGAACUAAUAGACAGGGCGGUCUUUGAACUACAGCGAUCUUUCAGCGACUUUCUCGAACAAAAAAAUCUUCGGUUCAAUGAUUAUAAAGUGAUAGAGCAAAGCUCUCUGGUAAUUAUUGGGCAAGAUCUUUUUGAGCACACAGACCAGCUUCACCAGGUCUUCCCUAGGGUGUCAAAAAGUUUUGAGGAGGCCCUUUCAAACUUGCUCCAUAAUGUUGGUACAUACUGUGGCAUAGCGCACACCGACGACAUGGUGAUGACACUUUUAACCAAGAACUACACAGACUCCACUCAUGGAAAAGCAGUGGCCAUCUGGAUCUCAAGUCUUUUAAUCAAGGGCUCUAUGAAGAAAACAGAAAAGAAUGACGACAUUGUAGAUCAAUUUCUUGCAUUCGACGUAAACCAGUCUGAAGUACCGGCGGCUUGCUUUAUGGUGCUAGAGAGUUGUUUGGGUAUAUUGAAUGAAGUCUCACAGAACGGAAGGACGAUAACAAGGAGUGAGGAAAUCGACGCGAUCGUGGGCCUUCAUUCUAUUAAGCUUAUGAAUGAGUCAAUGGAAUCGGAGUUUGAGGGUGAGCUUAUUGAUGUCCUCUUUCCUGUGAUGGAUUGUUUGGCUUCGUCGUCUCCUUCAAUAAGAAGUUUUGCUCAAGUCACCACCAUGGAGAUUGCACGAUCCCAUUACGGGGGAUCUGUUCGCGACUUGAUUUGGGAAAACAUGGAUUACUUAGUAGACUCAUUGUCCAUUAGAUUGAGUAACUGCAUGACCCAAAGAGUCGCGACAUUGUUAAUGGUAAUCUGCCGCAUUGGAGGCUACGAUACUAUCAGAAGUUUCAAAGAUGUUCUAGAGACAAUUUUCCGACUCCUGGACUACUACCACGGUUACGAAGACUUGUGCGUGGAGUUCUUUCAGCUUUUUGACAUUGUCGUUACCGAGAUGAACAAAAAGUAUCUAGGCAAUCGUGACAGCGUCUUAAAGCUGACAGACAAACAAGAACUUAAAGGCAGCUUCGGACCCUGGGAAAUGCAAAACAUUCACCAGGUUACAGAUGUUCUUGAGAGAAUGAAAAGUUACCGUAUAGCAGGCAACCCAGACGCAAGGGAAGCUGAUGAUCCGGAACCCGGCAAUUUUCAAGAGUUUUUCAACUCCAAACUGCGAGAAGUGGAUAGUGAUGACGAGGAAGAAGACAAUGACAUUGAAAAGGACUUGCAUGGUGCUCACAGUGACGGCAACCCUGAAGAUGCGUCGAAAAAAUGGACUUCGCCCAUUCCGCGCGAUUCUUACAGAUUACUAUUGCAAAUUACAGCUUAUGGAGACAGACUACUUACUCACUCUUCUCGUCCGCUCAAAGUACAGAUUUUGCAAUUGGCCCGUAAAAUAUUUCCUAUGCUUGCGACGGAGUAUGACAUGCUUCUGCCGCAGGUUGCCAAAUCGUGGGAUAUGGUGGUGCAAAUAUCCUUAGGCGCCGACUAUUCAUUGGUGAAACCGGCGCUUGAAUGCCUGAGAUCAAUAAUCAACUGCUCGGGCGAUUUUGUUACCAAAAGGUUUAUCGAUAUGUGGGGUCUAAUUACGAGAGACUCAGCUCUUCUGCAAAACGUCGGACGCAGACGGGCGAAUUUGCAAGUUUCUGGCAAAGGCAAAACGCUCGUCAAAGCGCAAAACUUUCCCUCAAUUACGACAGAAGCUUUGAAGGCUCUUGGUUGGAUGAUACUGGAAGGAAUCAGCAAAACAGAGCUAUUGGUAACUGAUGCACAACUUCAAGAAAUGGUCCGCUUUUGUUUGUUAGCUUUACCGGCUGACACGAUAGCCUCUCGAUCCCUCAUUCUUGGAGAUAUGGUUUCAUCUCUGCAAAUAUAA